CUCUCUGGGGCUUAGAACAACCGGCUGUCUGUGGCUCCUUCCACCCCUGCAGCGAGGAUGAUUAGCGUGGCUCUGAUUUGGGCGGUCGUGGUGGCGAUCUGCUGCUGCCUGUGGCUCAUCCUGGGGAUCCGCAGGAGACAGCCUGGGGAGCCUCCGGUGGAAAACGGCUGGAUCCCUUACCUCGGCUGUGCCCUCCAGUUCGGGGCCAACCCCCUGGAGUUUCUCCGCAGCCGGCAGAAGAGGUACGGCCACAUUUUCACCUGCAAAAUCGCCGGCCAGUACGUCCACUUCCUCUGUGACCCGUUCUCUUAUCACUCCGUCAUCCGGCAAGGGAGACACCUGGACUGGAAGAAGUUCCACUUCGCAGCUUCUGUCAAGGCUUUUGGUCAUAAGAGCAUGGACCCAAGCCAUGGUUACACAACAGAGAACCUGCACCAGACGUUCCUGAAGACGCUGCAAGGAGAAGCUCUGCCAUCCCUGAUACAGAACAUGAUGGAGAACCUGCAGAGCGUCAUGCUGCAGUCUGACAGGCUUAAAGCCAGCCGCUCCGAGUGGGAGGUCGACGGCAUCUUCGCUUUCUGCUAUAAGGUCAUGUUCGAGUCUGGCUACCUCACUCUGUUUGGGAAAGAGCUGGACGGAGAUCAGAGCAUCGCCCGUCAGCAAGCUCAGAAAGCCCUGGUCCUCAACGCUCUUGAGAACUUCAAAGAAUUCGACAAGAUUUUCCCAGCGUUAGUCGCCGGCCUGCCCAUCCACGUGUUCAAAAGCGGCCACAGCGCCCGAGAGAACCUGGCCAAGACCAUGCUGCACGAGAACCUCAGCAAACGCACCCAGAUCUCCGACCUCAUAUCUCUGAGGAUGCUGCUCAAUGACACGCUCUCCACAUUCAACGAAAUCAGCAAGGCCAGGACGCACGUGGCCAUCCUGUGGGCGUCUCAGGCCAACACCUUACCCGCAACCUUCUGGACCCUCUUCUACCUCAUCAGGUGUCCGGCGGCGAUGAAGGCAGCCAGUGAAGAAGUGAGGAACAUUUUUGAGAGUUCCAACCAGAAAGUUGAUCCAAAGAACCCUCGUCUCAUCCUGACCAGAGAACAGCUGGACAACAUGCCGGUCCUCGACAGCAUCAUUAAGGAAGCGAUGAGGCUGUCCAGUGCGUCCCUGAACGUCCGAGUGGCCAAAGAGGACUUCCUGCUGCACCUGGACAACAAAGAGUCCUACCGCAUCCGUAAGGACGACGUCAUAGCGCUGUACCCUCAGAUGCUCCACUUUGAUCCGGAAAUCUACGAGGAUCCUCUGACGUACAAGUAUGACCGGUACCUGGACGAGAACGGGCAGGAGAAGACCAGUUUUUACAGAGGAGGCCGCAAACUGCGCUACUACUACAUGCCCUUCGGCUCCGGGGUCACCAAGUGUCCCGGCCGCUUCUUCGCCGUUCACGAGAUUAAACAGUUCCUGUCGCUGGUGUUGUCCUACUUUGACUUGGAGCUGUUGGACUCUGCAGCGAAGAUUCCCCCUCUGGACCAGUCCCGCGCCGGACUGGGCAUUUUACAGCCCAUCUACGACGUUGACUUCAGAUACCGACUCAAAGCUCAAUAGGAAUCUCACACUUUGUUUGUAUUUAUUGACUGUUCAGAGAACUGAGACCGUUGUGUUGUUUUUGUUACGUUAAGUCCAGACAAACGAAAGAUCUUAGUGAAAAUCUUAAUUUUUGACUCUCCUGAAUGAAUGUAAAUGAAGCCACACACUCCCCGUAUGACUUUCUGGGCCGCUGUCACCUCAGAAAGCCAAAAUGUGAAUGUUUUUCAGGCCAAACCAGUGUUAAAUAUUCUCAUCUCUGCUAUUGAAGGGGAACUCCACUGACUUUUUCAGAAUUUGUGCAUAAUUCAAUCACUGAUUUGAAGUCUAGGUUUAGGUUUAGGGUUUGGUGUGAAAUGGUUGAUUGUAGAGACUCUUUACACUGAUUUUCUUUACAGUGGUGGUGAUAGGAACCAGGGGUCGCCAUGACUACAACACAGAUAUAGGCAUUUUAUUUACUAUCCAGAACCACCAGUGAACCUACACGAGUCUUCUGAGCUUUUAUAUGGAAUGUAGAUGGUAAAAUAGUAGAAAAUCUGAAAUAAUAAGCUUUUUUAGUCCAAAAUCUUCUCAAAACCAUCACAAAACAGGGUCUUAGACAUCAGGAAGUGAAUUCAUAACCAUUUCAUGUAGUAACUUCCUGUGAGGGAGCUUUUAGAGGUGGACGUCUGGUUCCUAUCACCACCACUGUGAACAGUUCUAACUCGGUAAGUUUCUCUAGAGCCGAACGUUUCACACCAAACCACUCUGAACGACUCUGUUUACAUCAAUCAAAUCAGUUGAAUUCCCCUUUAAAUUACCAUGGAGGCACAAUGACAGCAGUGAAAUGUAUGUAGUUCUGACAGUAAUUGUUUUUUUGUGCCGAUUUGAAGUGUUUGUAUGUAAUAUGAAGUAACGAGCGAUGAUUAGUGACAAUAUUAGCACUUUCAAAGCUGUUUUAGCUGAAACCUCAUAGCUUUUUCUCACUUAUCAGUAAUAUUUACUGCCUAGGAGCCAUGAGUUUCUAACUGAUUUUCUGCUGUUAAUUUUACCCAUGAUUAAUGGCUUUAAAUAAUGCUAUUACUGUGAGGAAAAAGAAACCUCUAAGAAAAGCCCUAACAUGUCAGAAUGAUGCUUACUCUGUACAGAAAUGUAACGACUGCUGCAGAUUUGUUUGCUUGCCAUAGUUCUCACAGUUGCUGCUCAUUGAAUCCAAUUAAAACUUUUGUAGGACA